UGUGACAAUCAAACUCUAAGAAGAAGAAGAAGACGAGCUUCUUCACGAAAUUCUUCCUUGAUUUUCACGCUUUUUUGCUGUUAAAAUCCCGUAAAAGUACCCCUAAAUUGCCAUUGUGGACUACUUAAGGGUGGGCCAAGGGCGUCCAGAGUGCUGAAAUAGUUAAAAGUGCAGUGUUUGCAUUUAAUUGGGCUCAAUUUGCAAAUUGAGUUUGUUUGUCGCAGUCGUCUCGUUCCGUGUGAUUUUGGGACUUAGAAAAUUUUCGCAUUGCUGGAAGGAAUGAGUGUGGAAAAUCCCCAAGUGGAGCCCGCGGGGGAGGCUCCUUCGGAUCCGGCAAAGAGCUUGAAUGGGGAGCAACGCCUCAAUGGGAUCAGCAAUGGGCACUCUGAGGGUGUUAGUGUGGCCCCCGAGCGUGGGAGUUCGAGCCCUGAGAAGAAGCACAAGAGUAGCCAUCACCACAAGUCCUCCAGCAAGGAUAAACAUCGCGACAAGGAACGCAGUGAGCACAAGUCCAGCUCCUCCAAGUCGAGUCAUCGUGACAAGGAGAAGAGCUCAUCGUCCAGCAAUCAUCAUCGUGAUGGCAAGUCCAGUUCGUCGUCGCACCACAAGUCAUCGCGUGACAAAGAUCGGCACCAUCAUAAGAGUAGCCGGGAUGACAAGGAGCGCCCCAAGGAGGACAAAGACAAGCACCGAGAGGACAGGGAGAAGGGGAAAGAUGACAAAGAGCGCCCCAAGGAGGAGAAGGAACGCAGCAAAGACGACAAGGAGCGCCGAAAGGAUGACAAGGAACGCAGCAAAGAUGAGAAAUCCAGCAGCCACAGCAAGGACAAACCUCGUGACAAGACAUCCUCAUCGUCAUCAGGGGAUAAGCAUCGUGACAAGGAAAAGGAUAAGGAUCGUCAUCAUAAAUCCUCAUCGUCGCAUAGUAGCAGCAAAGACAAGGAUCGACAUUCCAGUAGCUCGAAGCAUCGCGAUAAGGAGCGUGAUCGUCACAAGGAGCGCAGUGAUAAGGAGCGAAGUGACAAGGAGCACAGGGAUAAGGAUCGUGACAAGGAGCGUGAGAGGCGCGAGAGGAAGGAGAAGGAACGCAGGGAGCGUGAAAAGCGCGCCAAGGAGGAGCAAAUGAAGCAGGAGGAGACAUCCAAUGAUCAAGACGUUGAGGAGGUGUCCGAACGUGACCCCUUGGGCAUGUCUUGGAUGGAUGAUGAUAAAAUGAAAAUGGAUGCAGUGGUGAAGAUUGAACCACUUGAAGUUUCCGCAAAUAGCUCAUGUGACUACUCCAUGUCGCAAUUCAACCCCAAUGAGUCGUCCUUCCAAAUAAAGGAGGAAGAAGAGGAGGAGAGCAUUAAGCACGAGGAUGACGAUGAAGAUGAUGAAGAAGAUAUUCCGCUGCAUAAAAGAAAAGCUCGUGUCUCCGAUGAGGAGGAGGAUGAGAAACCCCUCACGGUGAGGAAAAAGAUCAAGACGGAGAAGAAGAAGAGGAAGUCAUAUGAUUCGGAGGAAUAUGAUGAUGAUGACGAUGACGAGAUUAAGCCCAAGAAGAAGAAAAUAAAGAAGGAAAAACAAAAGGUGAAGACAAAGGCUGAGAUUAAAUCCGAAUUCAAUAACUCCCAAUCCCCAACAAAGGGCAGGAAGAAGAAGGAAGAGGAAGAACAGGAAGUCUGGAAAUGGUGGGAGGAAGAGAAGCGUGAAGAUGGUGUUAAGUGGAACUUCUUGGAGCACAAGGGACCAGUUUUUGCUCCACCGUAUGAACCCCUCCCGGAGCAUGUUUACUUUGAGUACGAUGGACGGAAGAUGCGUUUGUCGCAGGAUGCAGAGGAGAUUGCCACAUUCUAUGCUCGUAUGUUGGAGCAUGAUUACACAUCGAAGAAGGUUUUCAAUGAUAACUUCUUCAAGGAUUGGCGGAAAGCGAUGACAUCGAAGGAGCGCGAAACAAUUACGGAUUUGAAGAAAUGCAACUUCCGCAUAAUGCAUGCGCAUUUCCAGAAGAUUAGCGAAGCAAAUAAGAAUCGCACAAAGGAGGAAAAGUUGCGUAUUAAGGAGGAGAAUGAGCGUCUUAUCAAGGAGUAUGGGUUCUGUACGAUUGAUGGGCACAAGGAGAAGAUUGGAAAUUUCAAAAUUGAACCUCCGGGCCUAUUUAGAGGGCGUGGGGAACACCCCAAGAUGGGUAUGGUGAAGAAGCGUGUUGUUGCCAAUGAUAUCCUCAUAAAUUGCUCGAAGAAUAGUGAAAUCCCCAAACCACCGCCAGGCUACAGAUGGAAGGAGGUACGUCAUGAUAACACGGUGACGUGGCUGGCGUCGUGGGUGGAGAAUGUGCAGGGGCAGGUGAAGUAUAUAAUGCUUAAUCCAAGUUCCAAGCUCAAGGGGGAGAAGGAUUGGCAAAAGUACGAGACAGCAAGGCGCCUGCAUAAGCACAUUGAUAAAAUUCGCAAUACCUACCGCGAUGAAUGGAAAUCCAAGGAGAUGCGUGUCCGACAGAGAGCAGUGGCGCUCUAUUUCAUUGAUAAACUCGCCCUUAGGGCGGGUAAUGAGAAGGAUGAAGAUCAAGCUGAUACAGUUGGUUGCUGCUCGCUGCGUGUUGAGCACAUUCAGCUGCAUAAGGAAUUGAAUGGGAAGGAAUAUGUUGUAGUAUUCGAUUUCCUGGGUAAAGAUUCCAUCAGAUAUUACAAUGAAGUUGAAGUGGAGAAGCGCGUCUUUAAGAAUCUUGAGCUCUUCUGUGAAAAUAAAAAGGAUGGCGAUGAUCUCUUUGAUCGUCUCAACACAUCUGUCCUCAAUGAGCAUCUCCGGGAGCUAAUGGAAGGUCUAACCGCCAAAGUGUUCCGUACGUACAACGCAUCUAUAACACUGCAGAAUCAAUUGGAUCUCCUAACUGAUCCCGAUGCAACAGUUCCGGAGAAAUUGCUGCAAUACAAUCGUGCCAAUCGCGCCGUGGCAAUUUUGUGCAACCAUCAGAGGGCUGUGCCCAAAUCCCACUCAAAGAGUAUGGAGAAUUUAAAGGAGAAAAUUCGACAAAAACGUGAAGCGAUUGAUGACUGUGAGGUCGAAGUGAAGGAUUUGCAAAAAUUAGCAAAACGCGGUUCAACCAAGGAUAAGCUGGCGUGUGAUAAGAAAAAGAAGCAACUGGAACGAUUGAAGGAGCAACUCCAGAAGUUAGAGCUGCAAGAGACUGACAGAGAUGAGAAUAAAACCAUCGCCCUUGGUACAUCCAAGCUAAACUAUCUCGAUCCACGAAUUUCCGUUGCUUGGUGCAAGAAGUAUAAUGUUCCGAUUGAAAAGAUCUUCAAUAAGACGCAACGGGAUAAAUUCCGCUGGGCAAUUGACAUGGCCGGCGAGGAUUAUCGCUUCUAAGCUGUGUGAUGAUUCCCCCAUACCACCUACCUACAUUUUUUGGGUUAACUUUAUUAACAAAAAAAAAACAAACAAACUAAAAGAGAACAUAAAAAAAGAAAACACAAUUUUUGCGUAAAGAUUCCUUCAAAGCUGUAGAAGAGGAUUCUUCACGAUGGGUCGAUGCAGCAAAAACAAAGUAUCCUUAAAUGUGAGUUAAUUAAUUUUGAUUUAUUUUUAAAAGUUGAAACUCUACUUUUUUUUAUAUAUACAUAUAUAAAUAUAAUUACUUAAAAACCAAUUAGAUAAAUUCAUUGUAGUUUUUAUUUUAUUUUUUCAUUUUCAUUACAAUUUGAUUUUUUAAGGGGUAGUUUUUUGCGAUUUGAUUAAAAAAAUUAAUUGUUUUUCUUUUAUUUUUAUAAGUAGGAACAAAGUGCAAAAUAAUAUCAAUUUUUAAUACAAUUUCCCAUAAUGGAGUGAAUUAAAAAAAAAAAAGAAAAUUAUCAGAAGACACAGUUAUUUCUCUUUAAGGUUUAUUUUCAAUUAAUGUGGGAAAUUUAUUGAAAGAAAAAAGGAUACUAAACAACAAAAGAAAAGAUUGUGGAAUAGGAAAUAAAAUUUAAGAAAUAAACGUAGAGUUAGUUUAAAAAAACAACACAUACACGUUUAAAUACCUAAGUAAUUAAAUAAUUGAAAAAAAAUCAUGGAAAAAGAAUAAAAGAAAAUUAUAAAGAAAGUUCGAUAAAGUAGGUAAGAUAAGGAAUAUGGAUUUUAUCUGCUUUUUCUUACACACACCACGAAGAAAAAAUCCACAUUUUAGUAGGAGAGUUAGAAAUUAUAAUGAUGAUGAAAACACGCAGGAUGAUACAAUAUAAAUUAACUUAUUAGUUAGAAUAAUUUGAUUUUUUAUAUAAUAAUAAUAAAAUAAAUGAAAAAAAAAAUCUUCAGCCUAUAGAAUAUUUUUCAAAAAGAUUUCUUUGCAAUCUUUAAAAAGAAAAAGAGAAAAUAAAAUAAAUUGAAGCAGAAUGAAUUUUGCGAUUAACAAGAGAGAUUUCUUUUUGUCCUUUCUGCAAAGGAAUUUUUGUCAGAGGAGAGAGAUGAAGGAGAGAAAACAACAACAUUUGGAUCAAGAAUGAGUUGAUAAAAAAAUAGGUUUUAGAAAGAAAAUAAAAAUAAAAAAAUGAAUGAGGAUAUCAAAUGCAAAA